CAUGCGUCAUCUGCGGAGGCGGUCAUUUCCGAAAUUCAACAAAACCACAAAAUGGCGGAAGAAAAUGACAAGGAGUCGUAUGAAAUCUACUGGACCAUAGAUGACAGUUUGCACAGCAACAGCUCAGGCAGAGAUAGACGCUCAUUUGUCCCAGGAGUCGAUCAACCUAUUCGGAAAAAGAGACAGACUAUGCAGAAAAUGAACCCAGGCAAAGCUGCACAGGAAGGAAGGUCAAGAGGUCAAAGUUCACAGGUCAGACAGCACAAUGGGAAAGCUGGGAGUCGUCAACAAGAGACUCUGACAUCCAUGGCUGAACCAUCAAAGUUGAAAGAAAAGCCGUCUUUGAAGGAUCUCCGUCCCGAAGAUAAGAAGAGAAUUGCCAACCUCAUCAGAGAGCUGGCAAAGGCAGGGGAAGAAAAGGAGGUUAUCGUCCAGCAGCUGAAUGUCGAGCGUCAAACGUACGAAGAGAAAGUCAAGAGACUUCAGAACCAGAUGGUGACCAUCCUCAAAGAAAGAGAGCUGACGCAAAAGCAGUACUUACAGUGUCAGAAGCUACUUGCAGAGUACCAGUCACAGUUGGCUUCCGAACAGGAGAAGAUUGCGGCUUCUUUUAACCUUUCAACUUUGACCUCGCCUCACAAGCACAAUAGCUCGAUGUCAGCCCCUCACUCCAUGCAGGAACAAGCACCCAACACUAUUCCCACCUCAGCAAAGCGAUUAAGGAAUGCCCAUCUAGGAACACCCAAUGAGAAAACAACCCACCAAGCACAACAGCCCACCCAUCACAAUGCCACCCCGAGGCACUCAAAUGGGUACCAGAACACACCCCACCAAAGUAGUGCCCAACUGCCCCAAUCUAAUGAAGUUGAAUUCAACCCACUUCUAGCAAGCACCCAUCAACCACAACCCAGCUCUCAUGGAGAACCAGCCAUGCAAGUUUCUUACGGAAGCAAGGAACACCCAAGAGGGUAUAUCCUGAGACCUAGGCUCAACACCCAACAAGGGGAACAGUUAAACUUAACCCCGAGGGGUACCCACAUUUACCCAAGUGACUCGCAAGAAUCCAGGGCACAAUCGGGUGAUUUUAGACCCCUCCCACCAGAAGUGGAUGAUGACAGUAGAAAAACCAAUUCCCCAGACUUUAUAAAUGGCUCUUGGAACCAUCAAAUGGGUAACCCACACCCAGCCGAGCACCCAAUGAGCAACAGAUUUCCUUGGGCCGCAAAAAAUGGGGCAACUGUUUACCCACCAGGGGGUCAGUAUCUGGGUGACGGGCCACAGGUGCGUAAGACUCUGUCAUCAGCACAGCAACUCCGACAUACCAAGCUGGAACGCCAGAAACAAGAGUUGAGGGAAGAGCAAGCGUGGCUUCGACAAAAACUAAAAGAUCAAGAAGAGAUGCUUUUGUUGAAGCAGAGCCAACUUGAGCAGCACAAACUUCACCUGCUGGAACAAGAAUGGCAAAGAGAUCAAAGCCAUAGGGCUACACACUGGCAAAGGAACGGCACAGACCUGGAAUGGGAAGAGCCGCGGCUAUUCAACGGGAAACUGCCGCAACGUCACUCCGAGAGUGAAAACGACAGUGACGACGCCGCUUCCACAAAUUUCCCACCAGAGAAUUUCAUUAAUCAGUCUCAAACCGUGUUGACAAACUCGUUGCACGAGUUAAACUUAAACAGACAGGACUUUGAAAGUUUGAGAGGAGAGCCUUCGGGGGGAAGAAGAGUUGCUAUGGCAACCGGAGGAGUUACAGGAGGAUGGGAGAGGCAAAGAGGAGAGCAUAUUGAUUGUUAUGCAUCACUUUAUCCCAACGUUCAGGGGAGACGGAAAACACAAGGUUCAACUUCCUCCUCUCGAUCCACGUCGAGCUCCACCAACCCACCGUUAGUUGACCGUUCCACCUCACCAUUCCACCACCGAGACCCCAGACUGACCGCAGCAUCGGGCCGAGUCAACACAGGGACCUCUCCGGGGACCAAGGGUAACUUGAGUUUGUCCCCAGGGAGGGUCACCGUAACCCCGGCACCCUCCUCAAGGUGGAGAGACGUCGGGUCUGGCUCGCGGCGGGUAGACAGUCAGAGACAUAUGGAACCUCUUGCACGGAGCCCAAGACAGCCAAGACAUGAUGCAUCGAUGAGGAAAAGCAAUGUAACCCACCUCUCCGACUUGAUCGACGACUUGGAAUCCCCACCCCCACCGACCACAACCCGUGCCAGACCUGUGAGCACAACUCACAACACAAGCACAGCCCGACACGGACAUCAAUCCACGCCAGAUCUGUUCCGAGAUGAAGUACUUUUUACGGACACCGAGACAGAAGUGCAAGAAUCUAGGAUCCUUGAAGACGUUUUCUUCCUGUGACUUCAAAAAAGCUGCAAAAGAAAUAAUUUCAGCUGCCUCAGACAACCUCACCUUGUACCAAGGAAAAGAUUUCUCAGAAUUCAGGAGAUUUCUCUACUACCGCUGAGUAGAUUUUCAGAAUUCGGGAGACUUCUCUACUACCGCUGAGUAGAUUUUCAGAAUUCGGGAGACUCAGUUCUAAAAAGAUCUGUCCUGCCUUUUUAACAACUACCUGGACGGAAGGUAUCAGCCAAGACUAGGUUCAGUUAAAAAAAAAGGUUCUUUUCAGAACUGAGAAAUCUCCCGAAUUUUGAAAAUAUACUUCGCAGUAGUAAAGAAAUCUCAGCAAUUCCGGAAGUAGUAGGUAGUAGAAUAUAAAGCAAGACAAGUUCUCAAAAGAGCAUGAUCUAAUCAGCAAGUAGAGACACACAUGGUGUUACCACAAACCUAAUAUACAUUGAUACCACACCUCAAACCCCAUACAACCUCACCUUAUUGCCUAUAAUAGAUUUCUCUUUCCAAUUAUUUCUAUCAGUAAACCCACAUGAAUGAAUUGAAAAAAUUAUUAUAAUUUGUAAACUUUUUACUUGUAAAAAUACCUGAAAUAUUAAACUGUUUAUUAAGUGCUUGAAUUUCUUGUUAAACUUUUGUACUUUGUGCUAAUUUGGAACAAGUUCUUUAUCAAUAAAAUAAUUUUGUUCUGCUGCAUUUAUCAUUGGUCAUAUUAAGUUUGAUAAUAUGGUGUGUAAGUCUCGCGCAUCUUCCAACUUCAUUAUUAAGUUUUACAUGUGGCCAAUUUUGUUUCUUCAAAAACUUAAGUUUCAUGUAGUUUAUGGCAAUAGCAAUAAUAUAUUGUAGAGAAAGUCACAUUCAGCCAUAAAAUAUGUGAGAGUAAAAUAUAUUCAACAAAUAUAAAGAAAACAAAACAAGAUUUGACCUCUGCUUCUGGUUAUUUGUUAAAUUGAAAUUGUAUAAAUAUGAGAAUAUGCUAUGGGUAUUUUUUAUUUAUUUUCAAGAAUUUUGUAAUAAUAUCAUUUGAUUUCGUAGAGAAAUAUAGUCUUCUGUCAAGUUGUUUCCCCUCAUUUUUCAUAAACGCAAUAGAAAGCACUGAUCACACUGAACUAAAAACACUUGCUACAUAUAAUUUAUUUCAUUGAAAUGUCGCAUUACAAAAGCAAUCUUAUUUAUUAUAAAGGCUUUUUUACCAUUCCAAAGUCAAUUAUACAAAUGAAGUGGUAUGAUCAACUCCACACUACAGACCUUUUUGACCUUUGUAAACCUUUUCUCAAGGUGUGGAAGUCUUCACCAUGCCACAGUGACACACCCAUGCCAAAGCAAAUUCUCAACCCAGCUUCUCAAGGUGUGGAAGUCUUCACCAUGCCACAGUGACACACCCAUGCCAAGGCAAAUUCUCAACCCAGCUUCUCAAGGUGUGGAAGUCUUCACCAUACCACAGUGACACACCCAUGCCAAGGCAAAUUCUCAACCCAGCUUCUCAAGGUGUGGAAGUCUUCACCAUAUCACAGUGAAACACCCAUGCCAAGGCAAAUUCUCAACCCAGCUUCUCAAGGUGUGGAAGUCUUCACCAUACCACAGUGACACACCCAUGCCAAGGCAAAUUCUCAACCCAGCUUCUCAAGGUGUGGAAGUCUUCACCAUGCCACAGUGACACACCCAUGCCAAGGCAAAUUCUCAACCCAGCUUCUCAAGGUGUGGAAGUCUUCACCAUGCCACAGUGACACACCCAUGCCAAGGCAAAUUCUCAACCCAGCUUCUCAAGGUGUGGAAGUCUUCACCAUACCACAGUGACACACCCAUGCCAAGGCAAAUUCUCAACCCAGCUUCUCAAGGUGUGGAAGUCUUCACCAUACCACAGUGAAACACCCAUGCCAAGGCAAAUUCUCAACCCAGCUUCUCAAGGUGUGGAAGUCUUCACCAUACCACAGUGACACACCCAUGCCAAGGCAAAUUCUCAACCCAGCUUCUCAAGGUGUGGAAGUCUUCACCAUGCCACAGUGACACACCCAUGCCAAGGCAAAUUCUCAACCCAGCUUCUCAAGGUGUGGAAGUCUUCACCAUGCCACAGUGACACACCCAUGCCAAGGCAAAUUCUCAACCCAGCUUCUCAAGGUGUGGAAGUCUUCACCAUACCACAGUGACACACCCAUGCCAAGGCAAAUUCUCAACCCAGCUUCUCAAGGUGUGGAAGUCUUCACCAUACCACAGUGAAACACCCAUGCCAAGGCAAAUUCUCAACCCAGCUUCUCAAGGUGUGGAAGUCUUCACCAUACCACAGUGACACACCCAUGCCAAGGCAAAUUCUCAACCCAGCUUCUCAAGGUGUGGAAGUCUUCACCAUGCCACAGUGACACACCCAUGCCAAGGCAAAUUCUCAACCCAGCUUCUCAAGGUGUGGAAGUCUUCACCAUACCACAGUGAUACACCCAUGCCAAGGCAAAUUCUCAACCCAGCUUCUCAAGGUGUGGAAGUCUUCACCAUACCACAGUGACACACCCAUGCCAAGGCAAAUUCUCAACCCAGCUUCUCAAGGUGUGGAAGUCUUCACCAUACCACAGUGACACACCCAUGCCAAGGCAAAUUCUCAACCCAGCUUCUCAAGGUGUGGAAGUCUUCACCAUACCACAGUGACACACCCAUGCCAAGGCAAAUUCUCAACCCAGCUUCUCAAGGUGUGGAAGUCUUCACCAUGCCACAGUGACACACCCAUGCCAAGGCAAAUUCUCAACCCAGCUUCUCAAGGUGUGGAAGUCUUCACCAUACCACAGUGACACACCCAUGCCAAGGCAAAUUCUCAACCCAGCUUCUCAAGGUGUGGAAGUCUUCACCAUACCACAGUGACACACCAAUGCCAAGGCAAAUUCUCAACCCAGCUUCUCAAGGUGUGGAAGUCUUCACCAUACCACAGUGACACACCCAUGCCAAGGCAAAUUCUCAACCCAGCUUCUCAAGGUGUGGAAGUCUUCACCAUACCACAGUGACACACCCAUGCCAAGGCAAAUUCUCAACCCAGCUUCCUCCCUUUAUAAAGACACAGGGACACUAUUAUUAAUUGUCAAAGACCAGUCUUCUCACUUUUGGAUGUCAACAUGUAUAAAAAUAACAAACCUGUGAAAAUUUGA